CUCGAGAAACAGAAAGCGAGAGCACAGGCCAAGAGCGAGAGCACAGGCCAGCAGCGGGGCUGCGACCGCACCACGUUCCUGCCAGACACGCCCAGCGAUCCGACAGCGCGGCUCGCUCGCGCGCAGAGGCGCCGGGGAGCCGAGGGCGGAUCGGACCG